UGAUCAAUAUAUUACGUGAAUCCUCACUUAAGUUUGACGAUGACAUGCUAACCUAAAAUUCAAAUGUUUCGUAUAUAUAUUAUACUACAUAGUUAAUAUUAUUGGAAUGGAUAAAUCACAGAAUUCUAAAAGCCUUCAUUCCCCAAGGGUCGGACCUUUUAUAUUGGAAAGGACUAUAGGGAAAGGCAAUUUUGCAGUGGUGAAAUUAGGAAUUCAUUGUGUGACAAAAAUCAAAGUGGCCAUAAAAAUUAUCGACAAAUCUCGGCUCGACCCAGACAACCUAUCCAAAAUUUACCGGGAGAUUCAAAUACUCAAAAUCCUUAGGCAUCCGCAUAUCAUCCGUCUAUACCAAGUGAUGGAAACGGAGAAGAUGAUAUACCUGGUCAUGGAAUACGCCAGUGGCGGAGAGAUUUUUGAUCAUUUGGUGGCACACGGGAGAAUGUCGGAGAAAGAAGCCAGGAAAAAAUUUCGCCAAAUAAUCGUCGCCGUUCAUUACUGUCACCUACACAAUAUCGUGCACAGAGAUCUCAAGGCGGAAAAUUUGCUAUUGGACGCUGGUCUCAACGUUAAGAUAGCUGAUUUCGGCUUCAGCAAUUUUUUCCUUAGAGACAAGCUGCUUACUACUUGGUGCGGCAGUCCGCCUUACGCCGCGCCCGAACUAUUUUUAGGUCGCGAGUAUUUUGGACCUCACGUUGAUAUUUGGAGUUUGGGAGUUCUGUUAUACGUGCUAAUAUGCGGUGCCCUUCCUUUCGACAGCUCAAACCUCCAAACGUUGAGGAAUCGAGUCCUUUCCGGAAAAAUCAGGAUACCCUUUUACAUGUCCACGGAAUGCGAGGGACUCAUAAAAAGCAUGCUAGUCCUCGACCCUCACAAGAGAAUUUCGCUGGCUAAAUUGGUGGAGCACCCCUGGUUAAAAGGGUACCCCCUUAAGAACGGAACUGCAUGCCCGGUGGAGAAUCAGGAUUACGGCAUGUUCCGAUACUUGAUUUCGGAAAAUUUCGACAGGGAACCUAACCUCGAAUAUUCUUCCCUAAGUCUGGAAGAAACAAGAGGGAAGAUCUGCGAAGGGGUCACGGCAGUCGGAUUGGGGAACGAAAGCGUGACGCGAGUCCCAGAAGGAUCCGGUAAUGUAAAUGGACACAUACUCAGGAUAAUGGAGCUCCUUGGUUAUGAUUUAACGAAAACUGUUCAGGCCGUGACCAAAAAUUCUUUUGAUUCUUACUACUCGACCUAUCACCUCUUGCUUGACAAGUACCACAAAACUCUCAAGGUCAUUCGCACUAAUUCGCAAGAACUUUCGCAGCACGAUGUUCAUCUGGUUGGGUUAGAAAAAGAAGACCGAACGGAGUUUUUGCCCUCUCGAGAUAGUUCUACCGAAUACGACAAGAUCAUGAAUUCCGUGACUUCGAAAAUGGCCGCCAUACCUUCGUCGAUCACCAACAACCCAGCCGCUUUUAAUUUGAAUCAGCCAAAACGACAGACCGCUCCCAGCGCAUCUUUCCUCGCGGCAAAUAACGGCACACUACUGUCGUCCGAAAGAGCCCAGAACUCCGUGUUGUUGAACUACCAUUCCUCCAUUGGUCCCAAAAUUAAUCCGAAUUCGGUAUUCGAUAGCGGUUUCGAAACCUUAGACGCCUUUAAUAUAGCGAAUAAUACGGGCACCGCCCACAAAGGUAAAAGGCCGAGGGAGUCGAGCGGGGACUACUCACAAAACGAGCAACACGAUUUAAACGAAUCGUCAAAAGAUAAAGGCCACCAAUCAAAGGAAAAAACGGGAGAAGAGGCGGAAUGGGAUGAGGAAGAUUCGGGGAGCGUUCCAGAAGCAGAAGAGGAGCCGAGGCCCGAGGCGCUGGCCCGCUACCUGGCGAUGCGACGGCAUACAGUAGAAAUGACCACCUCCGAACCGACCUCCCAUGAUGAAUGCCACCCUCACCAAUUGCAGAAUCAAUUACAAACGGAAAUGGCUAUGGAACUUUCAACCGAAAAUUUAACUCUUACCAACCCGAUUCAACGUUUCCUCGACAAUUCCAAGCAAAGGAGAAGGAUGCUGCACAUUAACAAUACGGAAGGAGGCGAAGAUUCUACUUCGACCCUAAUCAACCUAGUGGACUCAUCUAUAGGUCAUGAGCGAACAAACAUCCUGUCUCAAGAAUUCGAUACUAUUCGCUCAAAUACCGGUGACGCGUUAAACCACAAUAUCAACAACGAAAUCAAUAACGGCAAGCAUUUGAAUCCGACGGUACAUCGUAAUAAUGUUUUGGACCCCUUUUCUUACUACCAGCAAUACCUUUGCCGAUACGGCUACGGCCAGAAAUUGCCAGAAAAUGCCGGGCUGCAUUCCCAAAAGGCCUUAUCUCUGAGCUUUCAGCAGCAACAGCAGUUCUUCCAUUUGCAACACCUGAAGUACUUGCAAAGCCUCAACAAGAACGAGCCGAAAACCCCUUCAAAAUCUGGCAACAUUCCCGUGCCGCCCGAGUCCGAUACUGGAUUCGAAAUUGGGGGCCAGAAACUCGCUUGCGAUAAUUUGUCCCUCUUCAACUCGCAUUACUGGAUGUGGUGGGCGCGGAAUACCUACUCCCCUUUCUAUAAUUGCAACAGUCUAAGCAAUCAUAAUAAUAACAACCACAACUAUAUCCAUAAUAACUAUAAUUAUUUAAACAAUGACCCAAACAUACCAUCAGCUUAUCAGUCUCUUUCGCUGAAUUAUAACCUGUCUAAUUUAUACAACAUGCGCUGUCAUUUGAAUGCGACUAAUCAAUCAUCUUCCUCCAAGUUCUUCGAUCCCCGGUUCAAAAUGCCUAUGGAUAUCGAACCCGAUAAAACCAGGGGCUCUCCCGAUAAGUACAAGGAAGACAUAAACAGAUAUCUCAAGAAUAGAGGCGGUCGCAAAAGGAACACCCUGCCAAAUUCGCCCAUCAUGGCGACCACCAUUCCGGAAGGCGACGAAGUUUCCCAGUUCGAAAAUAACCAUCACAUUCUUAAUGCCAACAACGUGGACGCCCCUUUCUUCCCAUCUCAACAUGCCACCGAAAAUUACGAAUACGCCAAACUGAUAAGCGGCGAUUUGAACGGCGAAAUUUGCGAUCAAAACGUCGACAGGUCUCCGCUGCUGAAACAUCUUAGGUCAUCUCACAAACCCGCCCCUCAAACCUUCAACCAAAACCCCGAAAAUGUUCUUAAAUCUCCGAUCAAUUAUUCUCACGAUGAAAAUUCAUUGGAUUGCUCUAGCAAUCGCUGCACAAUUCGAUCAACCCAACCAUGUUCGUUUAAACAACAAUGCUUAACUAAUAAAACAGAUUCCUCUAUAGUCAACCCAGGUAAAUUCGUCGGUAACCAAAACGGCACUGAUGAUCCAAGAAUUCCAAAAUCUGUCAAUCCUCCCGAAUCGGUAUCGCGCCUCUUGCCGCUACCCGACAAUAACGGCGAUAAACUGCGCCUGUCUCAAGCACUCAUUUACUUGUAUCCACCCAGCUGUAAAAAUUACCCGACAAAUAGUCCGAACGAGCUGAGUAGCAGAAUGACAGAGACCCCAAACGAAAGGCUGCACCCUUACGGUUAUCUUAACAAUAACUUUGAACCCAACCCAUUUUUGAGCACUACCGCCAGCCACACCCCAAAUAAUUUCAUGAAGAAGCAUUUUUUCUAUGGCAGGAGACAAUCAGAUGGGUGCCCCCUUGCUACCACUUCCGGUCUGGGAUGCGAAGGGGAUGGUAACUUAAUGGCUACGCUUCUUGUUAACGCGCACAAUAAACCCGUAUUAGAUCUAAGAUCUUGGCAGGAAUAAAUGAAUGAAGGCAAACAUUUAAAAAUACGCCCCCCUUCCUUGAAAAAGGAUUAUUAUUAUAAAAAGAUGAUCUUCGUACGAUAUACAUAUUAUAUUUUUUUAAAUCACUCUUCCCCACAUAUUUUCUCAUUUAACAUAUUUCUUUUUUAUAAUAUAUAUCAUAUUAGUCCAUAGUCAAAGAUUCAAGCAAUUACGCAUCUUUUGAAUGAUUAAAAAAAUAACCUUAAUAACUCCAUAUUUAUUUACCAUGUUAUUAGUCAAAAAAGAUAUUUAAACUUACAUGAUACAUGCCCUUUUUUUUGUAAUUUAUCGGAAAAUUGUAGAUGGCAUCAAUCAUUUAAUUAUAUUUUUCAUUAUUUUUUUUAAGCCCCUAUUUUUAUAUACUUUUUUUUUUUUUAUUACUACAUUCAUUCACUAGGUUAAUAAUAAUGUAAAUAUAAAAUAUAUUAAUUUAUUUUAUUAUUUUUUUUAAAAAAAUACCAUUAUAGGACAAUUAUUUUUGUAAAUAUUAUCUUUAUUGUAAACUCGAUGAAUUAGAAGUUAAAAUAUAUAGACACGUGAUAAUUCAACGUCAUCGGGGUCUUAUACCCACCCCCCUAUGACAAAUUGUAUAAGGGUUAGAUAGCGAUCUCUUUUUUUGGUGACCUUCUCUCGCUCCCGCCACUCAAAUACAUAUAUAAAUUUGUCCCCUAGGAAUAUGAAGAAUAUUUUUUAAAAAAUAUUUGUUAUUAGGAUACCCCUUCUGAAAUGUCUCAGUAUUUUUUUUUUAUCUUGUAAUCUUGUAAAAAAAUAAUAUUCUUAGGUUUUAAAAUUUAUCGCAAGAAAUUUUAACUAAAAAAUUAUUAAAAUUGAUUUGUAUUUUAAUUAUUACUUAAAUUAUAAAUGCUUAAAAAAAAUAUAUAUAUAAAACAUUUAAAAUAUUCAAUUUAUGAUAAAUAAUAUUAAUUUUAUCUAUUCACACAAACGACAAAAAAAAAUGAAAUAUACAUAUAAUUUUUUUUUAUUUAUUAUAUAUAAAUUUAAUUAUAUUUAUAGGAAAUAUCGUAUCACCUUGUAUAAGGUAUGAUGGAUAUUGGAAGGAGAAAAA